GCAGAAUAGUAGUGCAGCUUCCUACAUAGGGUCUUCAUCAAAAAAGAACCAUGGCGGCCACUGAAAUAGCUAGGCAAGCGGGAGAAGGUGCUCGUGCCGUCCCUCUAGCCGGCCAUGUCGGCUUUGAUAGCAUGCCCGACCAGCUGGUCAACAAGUCUGUCAACCACGGCUUCUGCUUCAACAUCCUCUGUGUUGGGGAAACGGGCCUUGGUAAGUCCACUCUUAUGGACACCCUGUUCAACACCAAGUUCGAGGGCGAGCCCACCCAGCACAACCAGCCGGGCGUGCAGCUCAAGUCCAACACCUACGAGCUCCAGGAGAGCAACGUGCGCCUCAAGCUGACCGUGGUCAACACUGUGGGCUUCGGAGACCAGAUUAACAAAGAGGACAGCUACAAGUCUAUUGUGGAGUUUAUCGACACCCAGUUCGAGGCCUAUCUGCAGGAGGAGCUGAAAAUCAAGCGCACGUUACACAGCUACCACGACACUCGCAUCCACGCCUGCCUGUACUUCAUCGCGCCCACCGGACACUCCCUCAAGUCCCUGGACCUGGUCACUAUGAAGAAACUGGACAGCAAGGUCAACAUCAUCCCCAUCAUCGCCAAAUCAGACGCCAUCUCCAAGAGCGAGCUGACCAAGUUCAAGAUCAAGAUCACCAGUGAGCUGGUCAGCAACGGCGUUCAGAUCUACCAGUUCCCCACCGACGACGAGACGGUGGCAGAGAUCAACUCCACCAUGAACGGCCAUUUGCCGUUCGCCGUUGUGGGAAGCACGGAGGAAGUAAAGAUCGGCAACAAGAUGGUGAAAGCGCGGCAGUACCCCUGGGGAACGGUGCAGGUGGAGAAUGAGAACCACUGUGACUUUGUGAAGCUGCGGGAGAUGCUGAUCCGGGUGAACAUGGAGGACCUGCGGGAGCAGACCCACACGCGUCACUACGAGCUCUACCGCCGCUGCAAGCUGGAGGAGAUGGGCUUCAAGGACACGGACCCCGACUGCAAACCCUUCAGUCUGCAGGAGACGUACGAGGCCAAGAGGAACGAGUUCAUGGGCGACCUGCAGAAGAAGGAGGAGGAGAUGAGGCAGAUGUUUGUCCAGAGAGUUAAGGAAAAGGAAGCCGAACUGAAGGAGGCCGAGAAAGAGCUGCACGAGAAGUUUGACCGGCUCAAGAAGCUGCACCAGGAUGAGAAGAAGAAGCUGGAGGACAAGAAGAAAUCGCUGGAUGACGAGCUCAACGGCUUCAAGCAGAAAAAGACGGCCGCCGAGCUCCUGCAGUCCCAGGCCCAGCAGGCAGGGGGCUCCACCACACUCAAGAGGGACAAGGAGAGGAAAAAUAAUCCCUGGCUCUGCACUGAGUAGGUGCUUCCACCCUCAAGCUUUGCUAAGGGACCAGGCUUUGUGGGUAGCAGGUACCCCAAGGCUGAGGAGAGGCAUUGUGACCCCACCCUUCUGGGUUAAAAAACAAACAUUCAUUUGCUUUAUGUAUUAACAAAAGAAUACCCCUAUCUGUAUUUCAUUGCUUCUCAAUGUGCUCGCUGUGUGGCUAAAUCUGUCUUUUACCUAUGGCUAUGCUUUUUUUGUCAUGUCGUGUUUUUGCGGUGCUGACUUUGACUAAUAUCACCAUUUGCGUUUUGCUUCUAUAGGGAUAGAUAUUUAGGGUCCAUGUUUUUGUUGUGUACUUCACUUGGUAGUUUUUCCAUCAUUAUUAGGUUUAAGAUCGUCUGUUUGAUUUAUUAACUGACACUGAAUACCUUUUUUGUAUUUACAGAGAACAUAAUAUCUGCUGCGAGCAGUUCUCAAUGAGACUUAAUAAACAAUUUAUUCAAUGUUUUAAAUCAGUAUUAUGCUCAAAUUGAAUUGGUCAACUCAAGUACUGUAGUAUGUUAUUAUAUUAGUAGCUAUUUUUAGCUUACAACACGGACAUUGCAUUUGUAACAGAGUUAGUGUCAGUAACCCUUGUUUCUUAUUUAUCUUGAACCUUGCCUUCUGGUAGGCACUGUUGCUUUCCCUGACUGCUUGGGCAUCUCUUGUAACCUUGCAUUUGUCUCCUUUCUCUCUAGCUUCUUUUAAUCUGUCUUGGCCACAUGUCUGAAGAGGGGAUUGCAGCUUCAACAAGAACUAAGCACCCAUUUCCUCUUCCUGUCUUUUCUCACUGCAUCAACCUUUUUUAACUUCCAUCUCAUCUGCUUUGUUGAACAUGGCCAUAUGUGGGCUUCACAUGGUAUUUUUUGGAUAGUUUACGUUUUGUCACCUAAUCAAGGUACACUUUGGCAAGUGGGAGUCCUUCACUCUUUAAUAUUUUGCAGAUCUGUCUUGGUGUAUGAAUGAACAAAGCUGUGCUCAGGUAGGAUUCUAAACGGUUGUUCAAGAGAAAAACAUCUAAUCAAUAGUUUCAUCAUACCAUUUGUGACAGAGCCAAGACUCUGGAUUAAUGUAUAUUGAAAUACAGUAUUCUUUGUUCACAGCAUAGAUUGUUUCAUUGCAACUUAGAAGAGCCAAAGACAUAUUCAUGUCAAGCACUUAUUUAGUGAAAACACCUUUUCUGUACUGAAAUACCAUGUAGGUCACAUUUAAUGCCCUUUAUGCAUUGUGCUUUAACUACCAUCAACCUAUUCUGUAUUUUGCAUGUCUUAUGCUCUUUUAAAAAAAAUUUCAUCACCUCUGUGAUUUUGACCUUUUGCUCCACAUAGUUGUUUUCUCCCCUAACAGUUCCGUUUUGCACUCUUUCACAUUAGAUUAUUGUUUGGACCAGUUUUAUCUUGUGUAUUACUACUUGUAAUGUGCAGUUUACACCCCUCUCCACAAUUUGUGGCACCCAUAUUGCCAAAUAUUACAAUGAGAUGGAGUUGAAUGCUAGAUACAGAUAGAUACUCAUGCAUUUGUAUAAUUUAUAAGGAUAUAUUUUGUGUAUUGAAGUGGAGACCUGUUUAUGAAAUAUGAUCUUUGGACGUGACUCUUCUCUCUGUGUAAAGUUACAUUUUGGCGUAAGAAGUUGCCAUACAUUUUUCUAUCGUCUGACAUAAUCACCCCUCCCUAGUCAAUUACUUGUCCACACCACAAAUUAAUGAUAAAAUACGUGAUUGUAGUUUGAUUCCAUUGAUGUACAUUUUCAAUAAAAUUAUGAAGAUAAA